AUGAUCUACUCCUCGUCCUGUGUAAUUCGUUUAAUUCAGUGGCAUUCUGUCUCUUCCCCUGGUAAGAGACAAGUUUUCAUGAUACAAGACAGUAUAUACUUGCAGUGGGUUUAUGUUGGUACUGCAUUGCAGAUGGGAUCUCUGCUGCGCGAUGUUGAUGGGCUGCCAAACUUGGCUGAAAAAAGGUUUCCCAUGGAAGAAUUUCAUAGAGUGGAAAAUCCUGGGCUAGAGAACAAAGAUGGAAGUGAUACAGAGGAUGAUGAUGAAGAUGACAAUGACAAUGAUGUUGAUAAUCAGGAUGAUGAUGACGGCGCUGGAAAUGAGGACUCAUCUGGUGAAGAAGGAGGAGAUGAUGACAACAACGAUGAUGAAGCGGAUCCUGAGGCUAAUGGCAAUGAAGGCAGUAAUGAUGAGGACGAAGAUGAUGAUGAUGGAGAUGAUGACGAGGAUGGGGAGGAUGAUGAGGAAGAAGACGAGGAUGAUGAGGACGAGGAUCAACCACCAGCUAAGAAGAGGAAAUGA